GGAAAAAUAUUUGUUUUACCGGAAUGUUGACAGUUUACACGUGUAUGUUGUGAGCCAGAAUAUAUCUUGACUAGACACUGGAGCAAUGAACAUCAUGUAUUUGAGCAUGUGACCCCACGGGCUUACGGAGUAUACAAAUCUGCACCCUAUGAUCUGCACCAAUGUCGCGUGCAUAUGAAACAAUGCGCUUACAUUUAACCUGGCCAUUGUUGAAACAAAUCGUCACUGUACCAAAAAUAUGUUUCAGUUAUUCAAUAACCAGUCGCUGUGCUGUCAAUACUGGCUGUAAGCCUGUUAAGCGAAGAAAUGAAAGGAAACCCAAACUACCUGCUGACUGGCAUACUCUUUCCUGGGAAGAAAGACUGGCUGACACUGUGACUCCUUUAUGGAGAAUGAGUUAUGAGGAGCAGCUCCAGUGGAAACAAGAGCAGCAGCACAAGAUCUUGCUUGAGAUGACAAAGCAACUAGCUCAGGAUUCAAUGCACCCUUUUUCAAAUGACCUAAGAUUCCCACUCCUUCCUAUAGUAGCCUCACCUGUGAGUGAUGGAUACCGCAAUAAAUCAACCUUCUCUGUCAACAAAGGUGUAGACGGGAAUCCAAAAACUGUUGGAUUUUAUAUCGGAAAUGGAAAAGCGGGUAACAUAGUCUGUGUCCAUGGUGACCAUCUCUUGAACAUGCCUUCAAAGCACAGCAUGGUUGCAAGGUACUAUGAAGAUUUUAUACGCCUCUCACCACUCAGACCAUGCAUUUUGUUUCAUGAUGGUGGUCACUGGAGAGAAAUCACGAUAAGAACAAAUUCGGCCGGUCACACCAUGGCCAUAGUGUACUUCCAUCCUCAAAACCUAAAGCCUGAGGAGAUUGGCAUCCAUAAAGCUGCUCUGGUGGAGUACUUCACACAAGGUCCUGGAGCAGUUUGUCAGCUGGAUUCUCUUUAUUUCCAGGAGAGCACAAUGACACGUUGCAGUAAUGAACAAUCCCCCUAUCAGCUUCUGUACGGACAGCCCCAUAUCUUUGAGGAGGUGCUUGGCUUCAAGUUCCGCAUUUCAGCUGAUUCUUUCUUCCAGGUGAAUCGGGGAGCAGCGGAGGCUUUGUACAAAACUGUUGCGGAGCUGAAUCGGGCUUGUGUUGGGGGCACCCUGCUGGAUGUCUGCUGUGGUACUGGAGCCAUUGGCAUUUCGUUAUCCCCACAGAUGGAGAGAGUCAUUGGCAUAGAGCUCAUUGAGCAGGCGGUCAAGGACGCCAAGUGUAAUGCUGCACUAAACAGAGUUCAUAACUGUGAAUUUCUCGCAGGCAAAGCAGAAGUUGUUCUACCAGAUAUGAUGCCCACUUUGAAUUGUGAUGGCGGGUUGACAGCUGUUGUGAAUCCGUCCAGGGCUGGCCUACAUUAUCGAGUUGUCCGAGCUUUGAGGAAUCACCCAGCCAUAAGAAGGCUUGUCUAUAUAUCAUGCAAACCUGAUGGGGAGGCAAUGAGGAACUUUAGAGAGCUCUGCUGUGGUUCAGGUUUUAAGAGGAAAAUCACUGGUGAAGCCUUCAAACCAACUGUGGCUGUCCCUGUGGACCUGUUUCCACACACUCCUCACUGUGAACUAGUGCUGGUUUUUGAGCGAUAGUAGGGUUUUUUUUUUUUUGAAAAAGUGGCCGUUUUGGAAUUCAUUCCAGUGAAUGUCUAUUAUCUAUGCCAUUAAAUGUCUAUGCAAAAUUUUCAUUUCAGGUACUCUUAAUAAUUACAAUUUAUAUAUAUUUAUAUUUGUGACGAGAACACAACAAGCUUACUAAAACUUUACAUUUUAAAUGAAAAUGGAAAAAAUAAAAAAUAAAUCAAUAAAUAAAAACUAUAUAAUAUAUCUAUGUGUGUGUAUAUAUAUAUAUAUUAAGCCCAAAAUUAUUCAUACCCUUGGUAAAUAGCUUUUUUUAGUUUAUUAGUUUAUUUAUCCCCUUAGGGAAAGUAAGGUUUCAGCAAGCUCACACAGACAUAAUAGGAGUCACAAUUGGCGUACAAAAUAUCAAUACAUAAUUCAAUAGACUAAUUUAAUAAAUAAGAUUUGUCCAGACCAGCUGGCUAAUCAAUUGAUAUCAGAAGAAAUAGAAUUUAAAAUUUUAAUUGCUUGGGGGAUAAAAGAAAAUUUGGACCUGUUUUUCACCGAGCGACACAGUACCGUCGACCGGAUGGUAACAAUUCAAAGGCACAGGAUAUAUGAUGUCUCUUAUCUUUCACAAUAUUGUUAGCUUUAUUCAACACUCUAUCUUUGUAUAUACUCUGCAAAGAAAUCCCUAACAAUUUACUUGCCAAAAUCACUUCUUUCCUUAGUAAUUUCUUCUGUGCCUCUGAAGCACUGCCAUACCAGCAAAUUAAACCAAAUGUUAUAACACUCUCAAUAAAAGCACCAUAAAAAAUCUGUAACAUUCUAUUAUGGACAUUGAACGAGAGUAAUUUCUUUAAGAAAUACAUUCUUUGUUGAAUAUUUUUACUUAAAUGCUCAGUCCACACAUCCCAUUUAAGCUUAUUAUCCAAUACCAUACCAAGAUAUUUAUAGUUUGUAACUAAUUGUAUUGGCUCCCCAUUAAUUGAUGUAGGGUGAAAUGUAUUUUUCUCUCUAAAAUCAAUAACCAUCUCUUUUAUUUUUGAAGUAUUCAAUGGAAGAUUUGAUUUAUCAAAGUCCAAAACACACCAAUGCUCUUCCUCUUAUGAACAAAGAAGGCUGUGAAAAUAUAUAUGCAUCGUUAAAAAAUUAUAAAAAUCUAACCUUUCAUUGGAGAAUAAGAAUUUUAAA